AUGCCGGCAGGGGGCAGUCGGUGGGGCGGCUUCUGGGAGCAACGGGCCAAGCAGCUGCAGAGACAAGGCCAGGUCAGAGAAGAAAGGAUAGCUGAAUUGGAGGUGGAAAAUGCUGUUCUUCACCUAAAAUUAGCAAAGCAAUGUCAAGAGAAGAUGGGAGCAGGUGGCAGGGAGGCCUUGCGCUCAGCCCUACGCCAGCUCUGCCAGGGGACCCAGAAACUUAAACAGGAUCUACAGGAGUUCCGGUCUUCUUCUCUGGUGCUUUUAAGAACUUACCAGGACGAAUAUCAGGCCUGCCUUUCUGAGAUAAGGGCUGCGGUUCAGAGAGCACACCGGGACACCGAGGCUCUGCAGGCAUGCCAGUCAAAGGCAGCCCACCUUGAGCAGACCUUGCAGGAAGUACAAGCACGCUAUCAAGAGGAGAAGCAGCGGAGGAGGUUCCUGCACAGCAGUCUGGUGGAGCUGAGAGGGAGCCUACAAGUGCACUGUCGGAUCCGUCCUCUGCUGCCUUUGGACGAUGACUCUGAUCAUCAGGUUUCCCAGGCGAGCACCGUCUCCAGAGAAGCGGCCUGGGCAGUGGAUGAUGAAACAGUCCUGGUGAAAUGUGAUCGUCCUGGCCACCCUCCCAUUAAUAAGACGUAUAACUUUGACAGGGUGUAUGGUCCAGCAGAGUCUCAGAGAGUGGUGUUUGGAGACGUGUGCCCCCUACUCACAUCUCUCUUAGAUGGGUACAAUGUCUGCAUCAUGGCCCAUGGACAGACAGGGAGCGGGAAGAGCUACACCAUGCUGGGGCCCCAUUCCAGAGGCGAGGAGUCCCAGAGUGACCUGGGCAUCGUCCCCAGAGCUGUGGAGGAGCUCUUCAGGCUUAUUUCAGAAAAUCCAUCAACAAGCCCACAGGUUGAGGUCUCCAUAGUGGAAGUUUAUAAUAAUGACAUUUUUGACCUUCUGGCCAAAGACGGUUCUGCAGUGGUGUCUGGGGUCAAGCGUGAGGCAGUGACAGCCAAGGACAGAAGGAAGGAGGCCACACCCCCGACCUGUGAGGCCGCCAGCAGUGCCACGGACCUCCUGAGGCUGGUCCGCCGAGGCCUGCAGCUCAGGGCGCAGCACCCUACCCAGGUGCACAAGGACUCGUCCCGGUCACACCUGAUCAUCACCAUGGCCGUGACCACAGCCCACUGCUCAGACAGCACCAACCAGCAGUUCAGUCCACCCCCUGGAGACCCGGCCUGUCCCCCACCCCCGCCAGUGAUGGGCAGAAGGAGGAGCCGGUCUGGUCCAGUUUGGGCCCCAGACCCGGCAAUACGCCUGCAGCAAGUGCGCACCCAGUUGCAGCUGGUGGACCUGGCCGGCAGCGAGUGUGCUGGCAUGUCCGGGGUGACCGGGCCAGCCCUGAGGGAGACCUCCUGGAUAAACCGCAGCCUCGCGGCCCUUGCAGAUGUCCUGGGGGCCUUGUCGGAGCGCCGUGGCCAUGUCCCCUACCGGAACAGCAAGCUCACCCACCUGCUGCGGGGCUCCCUAGGAGGUGACGCAAAGUUGCUGGUGAUUCUGUGCAUCUCCCCCAGCCAGAAGCACGUGGCGCAGACGCUUCAGGGCCUGGGGUUUGGGACUCGAGCGCGGCAGGUGGAGCGAGGCCAAACCAGGAGGCAGCUGCCCAGCCCUGGGUGGGGCAGGUGAGCCUGGGCUAACGGUGCUAAUGAGCAUCCCACCCUUAA